AUGUGCGACCCGAAGUGCGGUUUUGACCUCCGACCCCGAAGCCCGGGCACUCAACAGUCAGAGCCCCCACCCCCGGGCUGGGCGGUGUCGGCCGAGUUCUCGCGAGGCCGGACGGUGGCUCUGGCUGCGCGGGGCCUGAGUGGGAGGGAGAAGCUGCCGUCCGUGGAGGUCCACUUCCGCCGUGAGCCACAGCGGGGAGAGCCAGAAACGUCCCCCGCUUCCUCGGGCUAUGGGGGCGGUGCGAUCAAACCUCGCGAGGAGAAGAGGCCCGUCCUGAGCAAGGUGGGUGGGGCGAGGGGCGGGCAGGCAUCGCGAGAAGAGGGUGAUUCGGUCCAGGUGGGCGGGGCGGGGCAGGCCGGCCUCGCGAGGAGAAGGGGGCGGACGCAGCGGGAGAAGCGGCGGGCCGCGGGACUGGGGCCUGGAAGACGCCGUGGCUUCCUUCGUGGGACCAGCCUCACCAAAGAGCAGCUGGAGGAGCAGCUGUACCCGCUGCCUGCGCACGACUACUUCGAGUUCUUUGCCGCUGACCUCAGUCUUCACCCUCACCUCUACUCCAGAGCGUACGUUAACUUUAGGAACCCUGACGACAUCCUUCUUUUCAGAGAUCGUUUCGAUGGAUACGUCUUCAUUGACAGUAGAGGCCUGGAAUACCCUGCAGUGGUGGAGUUUGCUCCAUUCCAGAAAGUAGCCAAAAAGAAGCUGAAGAAAAAAGAUGCCAAGACUGGAAGUAUUGAAGAUGAUCCAGAAUACAAGAAGUUUUUAGAAAUGUACUGUGUGGAGGAAGAGAGGACCACCAACCCAGAAACCCUCCUGGGGGAGAUGGGGGCGAAGACAAGGGAGCUCCUCGCCAGAAGAACCACACCUCUUUUGGAAUAUAUUAAAAAUCGAAAAUUAGAAAAGCAGAGAAUGCGAGAGGAGAAGCGAGAAGAACGAAGGAGAAGGGAGUUAGAAAAAAAACGCUUGAGAGGUGAAGAAAAAAGAAAAAGAAGAGAAGAAGAGAGAUGCAGACGAAAAGAGGCAGAUAAACAGCUGGCUGCUGAGAAGGAAGUAAAGAUUAAGCUUCUUAAGAAACCAGAAAAGGGAGAGGAACCAACCACAGACAAACCAACAGGAAGAGGAGAGGAAGCUGGCACUGGAGAAGGACCGCAGGACCUCUGUGCUUCCUGCACGGCCAUGCAGGGUGGGCCCUGGGCGAGCUCACCAGACAGGCUCACGGAGAGGUCACAGCAUGACAGUGACAAAGAACAAAGGGAUAUGGGAAGAAGAUUUCAAGAGAAAGAGUUUGAAGCACAGAGCUGCCGCCUGGAUGGCAGCAGGAAGCGCAGAGUGCACUGUGAGGCUGACCCAUUUUCCAGGAGGAAUGAAGAUGAGCUGAAAUGGGGAAAAGGAUUCGACCCAGACCAGGGGAAGAAGGGGAGCCAGGACAGCAGCAGCCCUGCAGAGGGGGCCAGUGGUCCAGCACCCAGGAGGGAGCGGCUGACAUGCAAGGACCGGCUGGCCUUGCAGCUUUACCAGCCAGGAGCUCGACUCCAAGCACGCAAGUAUGGUGCAAGACCUUCCGAGGAGGGCCGUGACAGAAGGGGGAGUGCUGCAGCAGAAGGCCUGUCAGGGCCUGGCUCUGAGAAGAGGGGCGAGGCAGAGGGGGACACGCCUCGUCCAUGACACGUCUCUGCUGUGAAGUCUGUUGUGUCCGGACCCUGUGAGGAGCCUUCACCUUGGCCCUGGCCCGGUCUGGUGGUGGUGCUUGCAGUUUGCCGUGCUGUGACGCGUGCGCUGGUGUCACCGGGACUGGGAUUGCUCAGACACAGCCUUGUGAGCCUGUCUUGUUGACUCUGAGGCACUUUCAUUUUUAAUAAUAAGAUAAUGUUACUUUCAGAAACAUGCGUUCUACUGGGUUGUCAGAAAAGUCAUGACACAUUUUUACAUAGAAACCCAUAGAAAAAAUUUGUGUUGACUUUUCCAACAACCUGGUACGUUAUCUUCCUUUCCAUGAAGUUUUGGGGUUAGCGUACAUUCGGCACUGUGCUUUGAACUGUUGCUAAAUAAAAUUGUUUGUUGUCAUGGACUUUAAGUCCUCAAUUUGUAGUGCUUUUCCCACACAGAAUUUCACAUAAUA